UCACCCCCCCCCAGUCUCCCCUGGACCUUGGCGCCCAGGCGCGUGCCCACCAUGCCUGUGGUCGGCGUCCUCCUCUGGGCCACCCUGCUGACUCUGGGCUGGCGGGCCACCCACGCCAAGGACCACGGCUUUGCCACCCCGAGGGUCCAGCUCUCCUUCAAAGAGCUGAAGGCGACAGGCACGGCACACUUCUUCAACUUCCUCCUCAACUCCAGCGACUACCGCAUCCUGCUGAAAGACGAGGAUCACGACCGCAUGUACGUGGGCAGCAAGGACUACGUCCUCUCACUGGACCUCCACGACAUCAACCGCGAGCCCCUCAUUAUCCACUGGCCUGCAUCCCAGCAGAGGAUUGAGGAGUGCAUCCUGUCAGGCAAGAACAGCAACGGGGAGUGUGGCAACUUCAUCCGCCUGAUCCAGCCCUGGAACCGGACCCACCUCUACGUGUGUGGCACUGGCGCCUACAACCCCAUCUGCGCCUUCGUCAACCGUGGGCGCAAAGCCCAGGGGUUUCCGCCGAGCCAGCCGGGAGGCCGGGAGAGCAGAUCCGCCGAUGGCCCCCUCAGCCCGAGACCAGCACAAAGCAAGGAUUAUAUCUUCUACCUGGAGCCAGACAGGCUGGAGUCGGGCAAGGGAAAGUGUUCCUACGACCCCAAAGUAGACACCGUCUCUGCAUUAAUAAAUGAAGAGCUGUAUGCUGGUGUCUACAUUGACUUCAUGGGCACGGAUGCAGCCAUCUUCCGCACCAUGGGCAAGCAGACGGCCAUGAGGACAGACCAAUAUAAUUCACGCUGGCUCAACGACCCAGCUUUCAUCCGUGCCCAGCUCAUCCCCGACAGCAGUGAGAGGAAUGAUGACAAGCUCUACUUCUUCUUCCGAGAGAAGUCAGCCGAUGCCCCGCUGAGCCCUGGGGUCUAUUCCCGCAUUGGGCGCAUCUGCCUGAACGACGAUGGGGGCCACUGCUGCCUUGUGAACAAGUGGAGCACCUUCCUGAAGGCCCGUCUGGUCUGCUCCGUGCCAGGACCUGACGGGAUUGAAACACACUUUGAUGAGCUCCAGGACGUCUUCAUCCAGCAGACUCAGGACACCAAGAAUCCCAUUAUCUACGCCGUGUUCUCUGCUUCAGGGUCGGUCUUCAAGGGCUCUGCUGUGUGCGUCUACUCCAUGGCUGACAUCCGCAUGGUCUUCAACGGGCCCUUUGCGCACAAGGAGGGACCCAACUACCAGUGGAUGCCCUACACAGGCAAAAUGCCCUACCCCCGGCCAGGCACCUGCCCUGGGGGGACCUUCACCCCAUCCAUGAAGUCAACCAAGGACUACCCUGAUGAAGUGAUCAACUUCAUGCGCGCGCACCCGCUGAUGUACCACGCCGUCUACCCCACCCACCGCCAGCCGCUGGUGGUCCGCACCAACGUCAACUACCGCUUCACCACCGUGGCCGUCGACCAGGUGGAUGCGGCAGACGGGCGCUAUGAGGUGCUUUUCCUGGGCACAGAUCGGGGCACUGUGCAGAAGGUCAUCGUGCUCCCCCGGGAUGACAUGGAGACAGAGGAACUCAUGCUGGAGGAGAUUGAGGUGUUCAAGGUGCCGGCACCCAUCAAGACAAUGACCAUCUCCUCCAAGAGGCAACAGCUAUACGUGUCCUCGGCUGUAGGUGUGACCCACCUGGCCCUGCACCGCUGUGACAUCUACGGGGAAGCCUGUGCUGACUGCUGCCUGGCCCGGGACCCUUACUGUGCCUGGGAUGGCAGCGCCUGCACCCGCUACUCUGCCUCCUCCAAGAGGCGGAGCCGGCGGCAGGACGUCCGGCAUGGCAACCCCAUCCGCCAGUGCCGAGGCUACAACUCCAACGCUAACAAGAACGCAGUGGAGGCCGUGCAGUACGGGGUGGAAGGCAGCACCGCCUUCCUGGAGUGCCAGCCCCGCUCACCCCAGGCCAGUGUCAAGUGGCUGCUGCAAAAGGAUAACAGUGACCGGCGGAAAGAGCUGCGGGUGGAGGGCCGGGUGCUGCGGACGGAGCAGGGCUUGCUGCUGCGCGCCCUCCAGCUCGCCGACAGCGGCCUCUACUCCUGCACCGCCACUGAGAACAACUUCAAGCACACCGUGACCAAGGUGCAACUCCGCGUCCUCAGCAGCCGUGCCGUCCACGCCGUGCUGGUCCAGGCGGAGACCCCCCCCGGCCUGCCGGGUGCCCCCACUCCCCGCUACCAGGACCUGCUGCAGCUCCUCACCCAGCCUGAAAUGGGACUCCUGGACCAGUACUGCCAGGGCUACUGGCGGCACACAGCUGCCAGCCCCCCGCAGCCGCUGGCUGGCCUCAAAGCCAAGGAGCAACAGGAGCAGAAGAAGCCUCGAAACCGCCGGAAUCACCAGCCAGAGACCUACGGGCAUACAUGAAACCAUCAUCAGGGACUUUGCUAGCACAGUGGUCUAUUUUUCCCCCCUUUUAAUAUUAAAAAUA